GUCGCACAAGUGAAGGAAUUUUCGAUGCGCCUGGUGAGUUUCCACCCAAGGCAUUUGGUGGAUGUGUGCUCCAAGUCCAGCAGAAAAUCUCUGUCUGGUUGCUAAAAAGUGUUACUGUGCUAAUGGCUAAGGUUUAAAUGCAUACAGAGUAGCCUCUAGUUCGUUAUAUCCCCAAGUCCUUUAAAGGAUCGAAGUGAAAGUGCGCUGCAAUCUAUAAAUACUCCUUGGAUACUGACUAGACCAAGUCCAAGUCCCACCAAGAGCCACCAUUUCCACCUGCUCCAAGCUGGUUUCGCCUUGGUGUGGUCUAGUUUUUUGGAAUUGCCAUGGAGGUGUAGAAGGUGUAGAAGGUGACUGCCGUCGAGCCUUGGCUAGCUGAAAAUUAUUGUAUUGUAAUUUCAGUAUACGCAGCACGCCGACCACUGCGCAUGCCACAAAAUCCGGACCCCCAGCUCACAUCCCCUGCAAUCGGGGCCAGCAGAAAAGCUGAGGGGCGGAGAAAAGUGGGUGGAACAGCAGGUGACACCUGCAGCAGCACCUGCCCAUCGGGAGCUCAAGAAACUGGCUAUCAAAUAUUACCCAACUUAUGCAGUAAAAAUACAAACAGGCAGCGGUUAGAACCUACUACUCAAUGAACGCAUGAUAUUGAAGGAAAUCCAAGUAAACGAAGGAAAUCAAACCAAAGAAAUCAAAGACCUCAAAGGACAUGAGUGCUUAACAGGCCAGAGAAAACAAGGAAUACACGGAAUCCCAAGCAAAUAAAAGAAUUCAAGAAGAAGCCAACUCUCGAAGAAACCCAAGAUUCUAGGAUCUAAAACCCAAAGGAACUGAAGAAGUAGAUAAUCUCUGAACUAAGAACCCAAAGUAAUUCCAACAAUGGCAGCUGUGGUCCACGGAUGCAGCAGUCCGCGCCAGCGAUCCUGCAACGGCAGCAGCUCACCAGGUGGCCACCACGGCUCCACGCCCUCCUCCGCCUACCCGACCAUGCCCAAGUACUCGCGCACCGCCAGUCAGACACUGUACGCCACCAGUCAGCAGAUAUUCGGAGGUGGAGGCGGCAUGGCGGAUGCGAGCUAUGGAUACGGCAUGUCCUCCUCCGGCGGACAGCGACCACUAUCCGCUUCCGCGCUGCCGGAAACGGCGGCGGCCAGCCGGAACUAUUGGGGCCACCACAACGCCUUCUAUCACACGGGCGGCAGGCAUUACAGCAAGAGGAAGUCCGCCGUGGAGCUGCUGGCGGAGUCCAAGCCGUUCUACAUCAAAUCCGAGGCGGUUUUCGAGCGACUGCAGCAGGCGAGCUAUCGCAACGGUGGUGGCAACAACGGAGCCAGUGGGAAGCGAGGACGUCGGCCGGAGGAGUCGCAUGGCCACCACUACGACAUGGAGGACAGGCGGUAUAUGAGUCUCAAUCUUAGUCGGCAGCAGCAGGUGCAACAGCAGGUGCAGCAGCAAGUGCAGCAGCAGCAGCAACAACAGCAGCAGCAUCAGCAGCAUCAGCAGCAGCAACAGCAGCAGUAUCUGCACAACCACCAUGCCCACCCACACCAGCACCCACACUCGCACUCCCGCCACGCCCAGGGCCAAGGUCAAGGACGAAACGGAGGCGCUGCCGUGAACAACAACCUCCUGCAGCACAAGCUGCGCAUGCUGCUGGGUUCGGAGACGGGCAAGGAGCGCAACGGCGCCACCUUGAGGCGCCACGAGCUGAGCGACGGCAGCGCGGAGCUGCUGCCCACGGAUUAUGGCGAGGAGGAGAUGGGCCAUGGUCAGGCGGGCGCACUGCGUAUACCGCCGCCCCUCUACAUGCCCACCACUCACGGCUAUGGGCGGGACGGCGAGGAGCCACUGGUGCUCACCGAGAACUAUCGACCCAUCAGUCCGCCCGCCGAAUAUGCUGCAAAGUCGGGACAGGCUCACAACGAUCGAUACAGAUACAACUACCAGCGCUCGUACUCGCACUCCCACGAGGUGCCUAACACGGGCGAGGAUCGCAGCGCUCCCUAUCCCUCCGGCGACUACAACAUCAAUAGCCACAAGUCGCUGCCGGAUCUGCACACGCAGAUAAGUCGCCACUCGCCGCACAGCGAGAUCCUGAGCUGCUGCAGCCGUGGCAAUCGAUCGAUCAAGUCCGCCGGCGAGUCCUCGAUAAACCGCGACUCCGGCGGCAGUUCCGGUCACUACACCCAUCGCAGCGAGCCCUGCUACAAGAGGGAGCGGCAGCGCGAAGUGGCCGGCAGUGCGGCACCGGCGAGCGGUACGAUCAAAAGCUGCUGCACCUUGGUGGCCGCCACUCGCCGGGACAGUGGCUCCUCCACCCAGCACAGUGCCAACUCCUACUGUGGCUAUGUCACGCCCGCCGGCGACUACACCGGCAUGGCUGGUGGCCGGAAUACGGAGUGCUUGGAUUGCCGCUGCAAACAGGACACCACAAUGGGCUCGGAUUAUCUGCUGAACUUCACGCCCACACCGGAGGUGCCAGAGGCCUUCCAGGAUGACUACACGCCGACGCCGCCAUCGCCCAGGCUGAAGACGCAAACGCCACGAUACUCGAGCUCCUCCAGCCAGCAGCUGCACACCAGUUCGCAGGGCUACACGAGCAUCAAUCACUCGCAGAGCUCGCUGGUCCAGAGCCCCGGAUCGGCGCCAUCCGUGGACGACAUCAGUCCGCCGCCCAUUCAGUUCAAGAGGCAGCGAUGCAUACGCUUCAAGAACAGGAAUCGACUGCCAGUUCAAGGAGAAAUGGGAGGACCACCAGGAUCAGGAGGAGGCCUUGUAGCCCCAGGAUCUGGAGGAAUGGGCACAGCCAGCGGUGUGCUGGCUGCCUACAAGCAGCAUCGGGGCAGCGUGGACCAUGAGAACGUCUUCUUCCCCAAAGGUUUCUCCUCGGAGGUGUACCACAACAGCUUGGACAUGGAGCGGGAGGCGCUGAAUGCCAGCAUUUCGGAGCUGGAGAAGUUCUUCGAUCGCCUGGGACUGAAUGACGAGGCCUUCCACGAGAUCUACAGCCAACCGAGGCGGCACCACUCGGAAACGGAUGACGCCUCCGAUGAUUCCAGCACGGUCUUCUUUUCGGACGUGAGCACCGUGGACUCGAUGAGAUUGCCGGACAGCACGGAAACCCAGCCGCAGACCACACAGGCGUAUAGACCCUCGGAGCCGCCGUCGAUUGUCGAGCGGAAUGCCAGGAUCAUCAAGUGGCUGUGCAACUGCAAGAAGAUGCAGUGCACCUGAGAAUCGCCGGGCCAGUGCAGCUGCGGAUACGGAUUUGGAUUUCGAUUUGGAUUUGGAUUCGGACGUUAAGUGCUCCACUGAUUUAAUGGAUUCCACACGACCACCCCGUUUAGCACACGACUGCGAAUUAAUGCAAAAUAUAUACAAAUCACAGAUGGGUGGGUGAUUUUGGGGGAAUGCAGGAUCGCCAUAAGGACGAAAAGUAAUCUGUCGAAUUUUAGCUUUUCACUAUAUAGAACAUCAUUUCUGUUGGCUAACAAAAAAAGGAAAAUAGCAUAUAUGCAAUUGACUUUAUACAACUAAUAGUCAGAUUUCGUUUUAACCAAUAUAACAAUUUUUUAAUGGCACUUGUUUUCCUUACAAUGUUAAGAGCCGCAAAAAUCAAAGGAUUUAAUACAAAGUACUCGAAAAAAGAAGAAGAUUAUUGUAAACAUAUUUCCAUGCUACUAAUAUAUGCAGAAAAUAUAUCAAAUCAUUUGUUGAACUUGCAAAAACCAAGAGAAAAACUUAAACACAUUUCAAACAGUAAAAAUAAAAGAGCAUACAAAUGAAAAUGAUCAAUACAACAUUCCUAACAAAAACCCACAAUUUCAGUUAGUUUUUUAAAUUGAAUAUUGAGUUCACAAAUAAGCAAAUUAUCAAGCAUUACUCGGAGAUUACUUUUGGCCCCUAUGUUGUGUUAAUCCAAAACAAACACCCACCUGUCCACAAAAACACUGCUCAAAAAGUCAAGUUAAGUCAGUUGAAUGUUUCGAACAUGAUUAGCAUGGUUAGCCUCACCUACCUGUACAAUGGAACUAGGAAUUACGAGCUGGAGUCUCGAUUUUGGAUGUGAGUUUCUCCUCUUUUAAGCUGCGACCGUUCUCGCGCAGAUCAAUUACACCAUUGAUAUUUGUAUUGCCAACGGUAAUGAUAAUGAUAAUGAUAUUGUCUUACGUAUACUAAUCAACUAGCAAGCGAUCGUUCAUAUUACUCUUAUACACAGCGGUAUUAUUAGAUGAAUUAUUGUACAAUUAGUUCUCGUAACUUGAAUAUACUUACAUAUAAACGACUAGUUGCCAAAACCAGAUACAAAAAGAAACAGUACACGAAACCACUAAAACCAAAAAAACAAAUUGAAAUUGAAAUGAACCUACCUAUUUAUGUAAUUGUACAUGGUUUGC